AUGCUCCGCUCGGGGGCUUGCCCAACGCCGUACGUCUUCUCCUCCGCGCUCAGCGCCUGCGCCAGAGCCGGCGAGAACAUCUUCACCGGCGGUGGCGAGCAGCUCCAUUGCCAGGCCUUCAAGUGGGGAUUCUCCCAGGAGACCUUCGUCGGCAACGCUCUGAUCAGCCUCUACGCCCAGGAAGGUGACAUGACGGCGGCUGGGAAGAUGUUCGACGGAAUGCCCCGCCACGACGGGGUCACCUUCAACUCGCUCAUCUCUGCGCACACACAGGAAGGUAAUACCCUGGAAACCUUCUUCUUCUUCAGGGAGAUGCAGAGCUCGGGGUUAAAGGCCGACUCCGUCACCAUCGCCGGCCUCUGCGGCGGCUGUGCCGCCGCCGGCGACGCCGCCCGGGGAGCUCAGCUCCAUUGUUACGCUCUGAAAGCCGGGCUCCUCUCGGACAUCAUCAUCGAGGGAUCGCUGCUGGAUCUGUACGUCAAAUGCGGCGACGUCGCCGCCGCCGGGAAGCUCUUCAGCUCCUCCUCCGACGAGGACAACGUGGUGCUCUGGAACCUGAUGCUGGUCGCCUACGGUCAGGAAGGGGAUCUCCGGCGAUCCUUCGAGCUUUUCCGGCGGAUGCAGGCGGUGGGGACGGCGCCCAACCAGUACACCUUCCCGAGCCUGCUCAGGACCUGCACCGCUGCCGGCGCCUUGGAUCUUGGCGAGCAGGUCCACGCCCUGGUGGUGAAGGCCGGCUUCGAACCCAACGGCUACGUCUGCAGCGUCCUCGUCGAUAUGUACGCCAAGUCUGGCCAACUCGCGGCAGCGAGGGGCAUCCUCGAGAGGGCGGAGCCGCCGCCGGACCUGGCGGCCUGGACCUCGAUGGUCGCCGGCUACUCCCAGCACGGGCUUUUUUCGGAAGCUCUCGGCGCCUUCUGUGCCAUGCAGAGGAGCGGCAUAAGACCAGACCACGUAGGACUCGCCGGUGCAAUCACCGCCUGCGCCGGCAUCCUCGCCAUCCGGGGGGGGCUGCAGGUGCACGCGCAGGCCUGCGUCGCGGGCUUCUCCGGCGACCUAUCGGUUGGGAACGCGCUGAUAAGCUUCUACGCCAAGUCCGGCAGGGCGAGCGACGCCGCCGCCGCCUUCUUCUCCGUCGCCACCAAGGACGAGGUCUCCUGGAACGCGCUGAUCGCGGGGCUGGCGCAGGGGGGGCACUGCGAGGAGGCGCUGCAGGCGUUCGCCGGCAUGUGCCGAGCGGGCUGGGGGGUCAACCCCAUCGCCUGCGGCAGCGCCGCCGUCGCCGCGGCCGACAUGGCCGACGUGAAGCGGGGGCGGCAGAUCCACGGGAGGAUGGUGAGAGCCGGCUGCGACGGGAGAGUGGAAGCCGGCAACGUGCUGGUCACGCUCUACGCCAAGUGCGGGAGCAUCGAGGAGGCGGAAAUGGCGUUCUCCGCCAUGCCGGAGAGGAACGAGAUCUCCUGGAACGCCAUGAUCACCGGUUACUCCCAGCACGGCCGCGGGGCGGCGGCGCUGGAGCUGUUCGAGAAGAUGAAGGAGGAAGGCCUGCGGCCUAACCACGCAACCUUCGCCGGCGUCCUCGCCGCCUGCAGCCACGGGGGGCUGGUGGAGGAAGGAGUCGCGCACUUCCAGUCCAUGGCGGCGGCCCACGGCGUCCUUCCCCGGGCGGAGCACUACGCCGGCGUGAUCGACAUCCUCGGCCGCGCCGGCGAGCUCCGCCGCGCGAGGAGGUUCGUGGAGGAGAUGCCCGGCGGCGCCGACGCUAUGGCCUGGAGGACCCUUCUUGGAGCUUGCCGGGUCCACCGGAACAUGGAGGUGGGGGAGCUGGCGGCGCGCCGCCUCCUGGAGCUCGACCCGGAGGACGCGGCGGCGUAUGUGCUCCUCUCGAACAUCUACUCCGCUGCCCGGCGGUGGGAUUGCAGAGACAGAGUGAGGAGGAUGAUGAAGGAGAGAGGGGUGAAGAAGGAGCCCGGAAGGAGCUGGAUCGAGGCCGGGAACUACAUGCACGCCUUUUUCGCCGGCGACCGGCUGCAUCCGCGGGCGGCGGAGAUCUACAACUUUUUGGAGGUCUUGAACCACAGGGCGGCGGCGGAGGGAUACUCGGCGGAGACGGGGAGAACGAAGGAGGAGGACACGGCGGCUUACGUGCACAGCGAGAAGCUCGCCGUCGCAUUUGGGCUGAUGAGCUCGCCGGCGCCGGAGAUGCCGAUCCGCGUCAUCAAGAACUUGCGGGUCUGCGACGACUGCCACACCUGGAUGAAGUUCGUGUCGCGAAUCGCCGCCCGGACGGUCAUACUCAGGGACGUCUAUCGGUUCCACCACUUCAAGGACGGCGCUUGCAGUUGCAGAGACUACUGGUGA